GAACUUCGCUGAUCGGGAGGACGAAAGGAUCACAGAACACAAAGAAACAGUAUUUUCAAAUCACAAAUCUCCGGCGUCUUGGACUGAGCAUCUAUCAAAGACCGCACCUAUCAGCGAAGUUCUAUCGUUCAUCCUGGAAGUCCGCGCUCGAACUAUUUUCCGCACAAUGCUGCAGCGUUUCACUUUCCGGACUACUAUAUUUUUCUUCAUUUUCGGAUUCAUCCUCAUCGUCCAUUCACAUGAUCCCAGAUCCAACACCCGUCAUUUUCGCCGGAAAAUCACUAUGCCCACCGAACCGGUAGAUUCUCUCCAGGUGCCGGCGAGCUCACCGUUCAAGAUCGCGUUGUUCGCCGACCUGCAUUUUGGAGAGAACGCCUGGACAGAGUGGGGCCCACAGCAGGAUUUAAAAUCUGUCAAAGUAAUGUCUGCCAUCCUCGAUCAAGAACACCCAGGGUAAUGUUAAUUUUGUGGAUUCAUGAAUGGGAUUGGCCUUCUUUGCUCUUACAUGCUUUAGAUACCAAACAGUGCUGAUCUGUAAGAGUUUCUAAACAGCCUAUGGUAAAUGAUGCUCUGUAUUGUAUUUGCUACCAGAUCCACGUAUAUUUAAUUGUUUCUUUGAUAUUGUUUAUGAGAGAAUUCCCCAAAUAGGAGCAAAACAUAGGCAAAAUGCAAAAAUAGGAGUACCAUGUUUUGAAUAGGAGUAACUUUAGUGUUUGGACAAGUAUACCCCUACCUAAGCCCCAACAACUUUUAUAUUUUUUUAUUUUUUGAAAAAUAAAUAAAUAAAUUAUUAUUAUCGAAUAAGUCAUAAAUUAACUAGGUUAGGAUUAAAUAAUUCAUAUUUUAGAAUUAACUAGGUUAGGGAUAUUAAGGGUACAAAAUUAAUGUUUACUCCUAUUGAAGGAAGUUUUAAGUUUUACUCCUAUUUGUGCAAUUAUUUUUAUAUUUACUCCUAUAUUGGGCAAUUUCUAAUUGUUUAUUUAUUACUCCCUCUGCCCUAGUUUAAACUUCUCACUUGCAUCUUUUGGACGUCCCAGCUAAAAGUUUCCAUUUUUAUUUUAUGAAAUAAUUGACACUCUUAAAUAAUACUCCUAUAAAAUCACAUGUAUCCUCAUCAUAUUAUAUACCUACCAGAACUACUUCUCAAGAUAUGCUCGAUUAACUUUAUUUAUUUACUAUUUAAAUAACAGUUGUAUUUUAUAAUGAGAAGCUUAAGCCGGGACGGAGGUAGUACUAAAUUUCCAUCAUAACUAAAUUCUUUUUGACAUGGGACAAGUCAACCCCUCUUUUGCGGCCUUACAUCAUGUUGCUGGUAAAAUGAAAGGAUCACAUUGCUCAUAAGUGCAUUGUGUGAAUAACCCAUUUGGUAACUUACAACUAAGUGCUCGGUGAUAUCUCUACCAAGACACUUUUUGACAGAUUUUGUGAUUUAUCUGGGGGAUCUCAUCACUGCAAAUAAUAUACCAACAAAAAAUGCUAGCUUUUAUUGGGACCAAGCAAUCUCUCCUACCAGAGCAAGAGGAAUUCCUUGGGCUAGUGUUUUUGGCAACCAUGACGAUAUGCAGUUUGAGUGGCCAAUGGAAUGGUUUUCAUCUUCUGGAGUCCCUCCAAUCCAGUGUCCACAAAACCAUUCAUACCCUGGAGAUGAAGAAGAUUGCAGCUUCAGGGGAACAACUCGCUUGGAUUUGAUAAAAAACGAAGUGGAGUGUAACACAUUAUUAUCACACUCUAGAAGUGGUCGAAAGGAUAUGUGGCCCAGUGUUUCCAACUAUGUCCUUAAACUUUCAUUGUCAAGUGACCCUGAGUCUGCUGUAGUGUACAUGUACUUCCUAGAUUCUGGUGGUGGCUCAUACCCUGAGGUUAUCUCUAAAGCCCAGGUGGAAUGGUUCAACCACACGGCUCAUGAGCUCAAUCAUGAUGCAAGGUACUGUGAAAUAAGGAACUGACUAUGGCUUAGUCUUGGCAGAGUUUCUGUUUAGGCAUGUAUGGAACUCUGGAAAUGGUAAUGAAAGAAAGAAGUACUCAGAAAAAUGGGUUUUUAGCGUUUGAUGUUCCGAAGAAAAUCCAACUUAUUUACAACUCCCUAAAUUUUUUACAUUUACGUUAUUUUUUAGCCUUUAUAUAAUAUAAACAUAUAAAUAAAAUGAGGUUGGACAAAUGUCUAGAAUUGAUUUAAUGAGUUUGAUGGACAUUUUAGUUUUCCCCACCUUUGUUUUCUUCAAAAUAUUCUCUGUUUCUUUUUUCUUUUCUAUUUUUGUUCCCUAAUAUUUACCGAGUUCAAUCACUAGGAAACAGAUCCUGGAAACGAUGGUUUUUAUAUUCUUUCCUCAUGUGGGUUCUAUAUUUCAUAUUUGUAUGCAAAAAAAAAAAAUCCCUGCACUAUUAUAACAUUAUAGCAAUUCUUGCAAAGUGAAAAACACUCCUGCAGGGUGCCAGAGUUGAUGUUUUGGCAUAUACCCAGUCAAGAGUAUCAAGAUGCUAGUGCACAACUUUCUCUACACAAAAACUGUGUAGGUUCAAUGUUUGGAGAGAAAGUUGCUGCUCAGGAAGCUGAAAUGGGGAUUAUGGAGCUCCUUGAGGGAAGAUCUUCUCUGAUGGCAUUGUUUGUUGGCCACAACCAUGGACUGGACUGGUGUUGCCCCUACAAGAAGUUGUGGUUGUGCUAUGCUCGUCAUACCGGCUAUGGCGGAUAUGGGAAUUGGGAUAGAGGUUCAAGGAUUAUCGAGAUCACCCCGCAUCCUUUCACCCUAAAAUCGUGGAUUCGGAUGGAAAAUGGAACCGUCCAUAGUCAAGUUGUCUUGAGCAGCUUUUGAUCCCCCCAAACUUUUAUUUUACCAGAAGGCCUGAACAUUACAAAUUGACAUUGGUAGAUCAAACGCUAGGUGAUACCAAGUCAAAGAAAAAAUGUAAAAAAGUUAUCGGAAGAUAAUCAACUUAUUUUGAUGACGGUGUCUAGGGGUGGACUCUAAUUCAUGUUGUACAAUUUGGCAUGGAUCCAUUGUCUAAUCAGUUCCCAAGCUCCCCACAUCCAAACCAUGCUAACCUGUCAAGCCAAAUUCAAAUUCCACGUGGGAUCUGUCAUGGGCCGAGAGUUUGUGACGCAUUGCAGAGGAUUUUUAACUUUCAUUAUCCGAUCAAACCACGUCUUAUUUCGUGGACUACAAAUCCAUUUAAUUUUUUAACAUUUGGCACUUUUAAAAUAGACUAGACAGAGAUGAGUUGGAGAUGCGGGAUUAUUCCAUGGUUGAGAGACUAUUCCAUUUUUGUAUACUACCUUUACAAUUUUAAGAAAAGUAGAGUUAAUUGUA